CUGAAUGGAGAUUUCUGGAGGGGCCACAGGCUAACCUGCCAGAGCUGCCUUGGCGGGCUCUGACUCGCCUUGCUCACACCUGGAGAGGGCGGGCCAAUCCCAGGGCCCCAGGCCGCACCCCUGGGCUCAUGACCUCAAGCAUAUAAAUACUCCUGCCGGGAGCCCACGCCCAGACAAGUCACACCUGCCACCUCGCCUGAAACACCACACGCACCCCUGGCUGCCCAGCACAGAGCAGAGGACGAACCUGAAGGCCAGGGCCACCGACACUGCUGGUGUUGGCUGUGCUGAGGGUCACCUGCCUGCUGCAGGAGAGGCCCUCCAAACUGGCUACUGGGAGCAUGCCUAGGCCCUGCUGACCUCCUCACCAGCCCAGAGCCAUGUCCGCAGGCCAACAGGUGUGGCACACGGCCAUGCCACCCAACAGCCAAAGAAGCCCCACAGCCUCAGUGCCCAGGUCCCCCAGCUCCUCCGGCAACCCCCGUUCCCCCGGCUCCUCCAGCAACCCCCGUACACCUGGCUCAGAGAGGGUGGCCUCUCCUCUGGAGUGCUCCAUCUGCUUCUCUGGCUACGACAACAUCUUCAAGACCCCCAAGGAGCUGUCCUGCACCCAUGUCUUCUGCCUAGAAUGCUUGGCACGGCUGGCAGCUGCUCAGCCCACAGGUCGCCCUGGUGGUGAAGCUGUGCCCUGCCCAUUCUGCCGGCAGCCCACAGCUGUCCCAGCCGCCGGGGCUCCAGCACUGCGCACCAGCCGCCAGCUGCAGGCCAAGUUGCCAGCACACCUGCGGCAGGAGGAACCUGUGUGGCUGGAGGGGACCAGGCUGUGCUGCUGCCCCCCGCCCUCUGCCCCUGGCCUCGCCGCUCCUGGCUUCGUGUGUGUGGACGUGGGUCUGAGCAAGCCGGCUGAGCCCCCUGCACCCAUGCCGACCCCGGGCCCUGCCCGCCGCCCGGGUCGCCUGGCCCGCUGGUGGGCCCGCUGUGGGGACUGGAGGCGCCUGGCACUCAUCACAGCGCUGCUGCUCCUGCUGUUCUGCGUGGUGCUCUGGCCUGUGCAGUGCGCGCUCAAAACCGGUAACCUGCGCUGUCUGCCACGGCCGCCUGCGCGCACCACCACUGCAGCUGCCACCGAGGCCACCUUUUCCCUUGGGCCCCGGGCCCGCAGCUAGGGUUGCCCACUGCACAGCACGGGCCAGCA